UUGGGCCAACAUGUCGGAUAUGGGAAGUGUCGUCUAGUAAUGUGCCUGUUGUUAUUUUGCGUUGAGGAAUGUUCUGAAGUGCAACUAAUGAAACGUUCUGAGAUCGGACGUACGCCGUCACAAAAUAUCAUUUGGAUGAACAAUCAAUGUAGAUAUGACGUCUAUGCCCCUCUUUUCUCACCCAGUUGUGAAACGGCUAUUGGGCUGGAAGAAAGGCGAGGGUGAGGAUCAGUACUGUGAAAAAGCUGUCAAAAGUCUUGUGAAGAAGCUCAAGAAGGGUGGAGGCUUGGAGGAGCUUGAAAAAGCAAUCAGUACACAAGAUCCCACCACCAAGUGCAUUCUUUUUCCGAGUUUCCGAGCUGAUCGGCCAGGGGACGCAGGAACCAGUCGCCUACAGCCUCAUCGGAAAGGUCUCCCUCACGUAAUUUACUGUCGUCUGUGGCGCUGGCCUGAUUUACAAUCCCACCACGAAUUGCGCUCUAUAGAAUCUUGUCAGUUUGCCUUUAACUUGAAGAGAGACGACGUUUGUGUCAAUCCAUACCAUUAUCAGCGCAUUGAAAGUCCAGCUUUACCUGCCAUUUUAGUUCCAAGGCAGCCAAUAUCUGAGGAUUAUUCUCCAUAUCCUCCAGCCACCAUUCAGUGUGACGAUUUGAGCUCAUCAGUUCCAGAAAACACAUCUUUCCCCACUGGUUUGGGCCACUCAGGGCAGUCUCCAGUUCUGCCUGAAUCACCUAUUUCCUUGUCUCCUCAUUCACACUCACAGUACAGCCCCUUAACGGGGUCAUCAUCAAACACACUGGAGUCCCGCCCAUUACCUACCACUGAGACCCCUCCUCCUGGGUACAUGAGCGAAGAUGGCGAUAAUAUGGACCACAACGACAACAUGAGUAUGAGCCUCUCUCGCCUUAGCCCUCCAGUUGACACCCAACCAGUAAUGUAUUGCGAGCCUGCAUUUUGGUGCUCAAUCAGCUAUUAUGAGCUCAAUACACGUGUUGGUGAGACUUUUCAUGCUUCACAACCUUCUGUAACUGUUGAUGGUUUUACUGAUCCCAGCAAUUCAGAACGAUUCUGCUUGGGUCUUUUGUCUAAUGUCAACCGCAAUCAAGUGGUAGAACAGACACGGCGUCACAUUGGUAAAGGAGUUAGACUUUACUACAUAGGUGGAGAAGUCUUUGCAGAAUGUUUGAGCGACUCAAGCAUUUUUGUUCAAUCCCCUAAUUGCAAUCAACGAUAUGGUUGGCAUCCUGCUACUGUUUGCAAAAUUCCGCCCGCAUGCAACCUCAAAAUUUUCAACAAUCAGGAAUUUGCUGCAUUGCUAUCGCAGUCUGUUUCACAAGGUUUUGAGGCUGUUUAUCAGCUGACUCGGAUGUGUACAAUUCGCAUGAGUUUUGUGAAGGGAUGGGGCUCAGAAUACCGGCGACAAACGGUCACCUCAACUCCCUGCUGGAUUGAAUUGCACCUCAAUGGACCUCUUCAGUGGCUUGACCGGGUGCUGACACAGAUGGGCUCCCCUCGCCUCCCUUGCAGCUCGAUGUCCUAAUCUUCUUCAGUAAUGACAGUUCUUUUCUAGAUGUAGGCUAAACAUAUAGAUAUCACCUCCUGCUCCAACUUCUCUUUCUUCUUUUUUUCAUUUUGUCAGAUUAUUUUAGGCUGUGGAUACAUCACAGGUUAUAUAUAUGCAGAUCAAAUGAACAUUUUUCUUUUUUGAUAAUUUUUUUUUUUUUUUGUUAGCUCCUAUGCUUCAACUUCUUUUGAGAGUUUUUAGUUUUUUUUAACCAAUUGACCAUGAUUCUACAUUUGUUUUUUUGUGGCUUAUACAGUUAUGAUGAAACUUUCAAACACCUUCAUCUUGGUAAAAUAUAGCGAGCUCUUUAUUAUCCUUCGUGGAUACUCAAGUUUUUCCAGCCUUUUGCCUGAACAUGCACAAAGUACAUUCUCCUUUUAUUUUAUGGAGUAUUUUAUUUUAGUCUUCUCUUGCUUCAUGAGCAAGUAAGUUACCUGAUUAUGAAAUUCUCAUCAUCUAUUAUCUAUCCAUACAGAGAUAUGAAUUUGUGCUUGAAGCUUACUCACCUUCAAAAGUUUCCCCUGGGGUUAGAUGAAUUUCACGUGUUCCUGUGUUUCUUAUUCAUUUUUCUCAGUCUUUAUUAUUGAAUCUAUUUUUAAUUCAUUAUCUUAUCCAUUUUAAGAUAGAAAUAUCUUUCUCCCAAAAGUACCAAAACUCUAAACCUUAUAAAUUAUCUCUACUUUGUAUUACAUUAGUUUUUUGAUGUGUAUUAUUUGCCAAUCUUACAUGUGCUUUGUAAUUUUCGUAGAUUUUUUCCCUCUAAAUUCAAGAUGGCUGUGAGUUAAAAGUAUAGAAUUUUUCGUAUCCUAAGUAAGAGAUUUUGUGAGACUGGCUAAUGUCUUACAAGCUAAAGCCUUGUUGGUUUACCAAUUUUUCUUUAGUUAAGAAAGCAGAUAAGGCUGAAAAAGCUGUAAGAGGACUAAAUAAUUUCUUUGUUAGGAUGUGAAGAAAGUUAAAAACUACAUAUUCAUUGAUAGCUUCUGUGUAUUAACUGUUGUGUUAGCAAAAACCACACGGAACUCAAACUUGAUGUUUUCUAAAUGUAGUCCUUUUCCUUAUUCAUUCAACCAUUUGAUUAGGUUCACUUUGUGUUGUGUACUUAAGCAGUGCUUUUGUCACACUUCUGCACUUCUGUUGUGAAAAAAGUUGCUUUUAUUCUAUAAAAUCUUUUCUAGUUGUAUUCCAAUUUCUGUCACAUUUCUGUCACAAGAUAGCAGGUUUAUGAGAUCUUUUUGUCUGAUGAUGCUGCUGCUGAAAAUGGAAUGCUGUCCAUCUGCAUGGAAAUGUUACUCCACUUUGCUCUAAUGUUCAUAGUUUUUACUCAUGGAUCGAUGUGCAGUGGUUCUUAAGUAAGUGCUUUGCUUAAGUGUUUUGUUUGAAGAGUUUUUCUAAUGUUCUUUCUUUUUGUUUUUGAAAAUGGUACUCUUUGAGUAUUUUAUGAACACUGGAUGUAAUGAGCCCUGCAUUGCACUUUCUGUGUCAUGAUUUUUUUAUGUAUUUUUUUUUUAAAAUAUUGCUGUUGACACAGCAGUUCUAUUUGUACCUAUGUUUUAUUUCCCUAAUAAUGGAUGGUUCUUCUUUCUAAUCUAAUUAGUUGACAUCUUAUCAGUUUUUGUUGAGUGUGUAAUCAAUAUUCACAAUAUUUUUACAAUUUUGGAUUACUUUACUGGAGAUUUGUUCCUCUGUUUUUACUUCUCCAUGUCUAAAACUAAUAUUCCGCUAUUAGAAGCUCGAAAAUGUCUUCUCCUUUCUUUCAUAAUUUGUUGUAAGACAUUUUUUAUUAUCGUUCGGUGUUCUUGAGUUACUUCAAUGAUAAAGUAAAACAUAUGCUGUAAUGAUUUUCAAAAAAAAAGAUGAUGCAAUUUUUUGUGGCAAUGGUUUUGGUAUUAACUGAUGUUUGGUCAUGGUUGUAUUUUGCUUCAAACAAUUUGUCACAUUUGUGAUUGAUUGCAAGGCUCCUUGGGAAUGAACAAUUAAUUAACCUGCAUGCAAUUCGGGCCCAUACUUCAGUCCAAGUUAGUGAAUGAAAAACUUUGUUUUUAAUGUAAUUUUAAACAAACUGUUGAAGCAAAGCAUGCCUUUGCUUUCAGAUGUAUUUUAGAUAUACUGACAACUGACACUGGUUCUAUUGUAAAGUGGAAAUUGAGUGGUGUUUUACUGACCAUCUUUCCAAUAACUGUGCUGGUAGAGUGUCAGUGCUUUUUCUAAGUUAUGUUUUCUUAUUAUUAUACUAAGGUAGGGUUGUGCUUUUGAAAAAAUCAUUAUUGAAUUACAUUUCUUGCUUCAGGUCCCUGUUAUUGUAAGACAAUAGAUUCAGUGAUUUGAUCCUGCUGAGUUGCUAUUUGUUCAACGUUAUUACGCUCCUUUUUGUUUAAAACCUACAUAUGGUUAUGAUAAAAUUUGUUUAUAGACAUUUCCUGUUUUGCUUGAAUAUUUUAAUUAUUAUAUCAUCUGUUGCCUUCAUUGUUGUUUUAAGAAGUUUCAAUUACUUUUAUAUAGAGCAAAAGUUAUAUGGGAAUUGUAUUUUUCAAAGUCAAAUUGUUUUUGCAUAAAUGUGUUGAGGCCCUCUGAUCAAAUUUUUCUGACUGGUGUUUUACAGCUGUAUAUACUGCUUUUCUUCUACAAGGUUCAGUAGAAGGAAAGGGCAACCAAAGAUCCCUACAGUCUUUGAUUUCAUUUUUUAUUUGUUUGAAAAUCAUUUAGCCUUGACACAGCUUGCUACCAUCUAUGUAUUUAUGUUAUUGAGAUAUGGAAAGAGUCAAGAUGGGACUUUGACUAUAGGCUGUCAUCCCAAUUUCACUUGUAGCUAAGCCUGUUGCUUCUUUGUUUCUGUUUAAACAGUGUUUCCCUUCUUUUCUUUUUUUUGUUACAAAUAUACAUCCUUUUCCUCAAGUUCAAGAUUUUAAUGUGUUUCAUAUCAAUGGACUCAUUCAAAUUAUCAUUAUCUAAUUGUUUAAGUAGGUUGAUUUAAGCUCCAUUUUUCUUAUUGCUUCCCACUAUGUAUUUCUGUAUUUCCUUGCACAGCCAAUGAAGUGCAGUAUCCUAAUACCAUUUGCAUGCUGUCCCUUUACUAACCAAACCUGUGAAGUUGAACACUGUAUAGGUUCUAAAUUUGGAAAGAGAAUUCAAAACUAUGUCUCCAUUGAUCUACUCUUGAUUUUUUCUUUCCAUCAUUCCCUCUGCAAAUGUAUGGUGCUGUGGUGAAACUUGGAUUAGCAUUUCAUGAUCUGUUGCACAUUCCGUUGAAAAAAUCUUUGAAAAAUCAAUCUGAACUAACAGAAAAUGUACUUGUAGAGCCCUCUGCAUUCACUUGGGAAAGCACUAAUUUUAUACUGUUUGUUGUUGUCGCUUGAUUCUAAUACAAGUAAAGACUUUAGACUAUUAUUUGUAGAAGCAAUGUUGUUUUUAUCUUAGUAGAUGCCUAAGGUAGUAAUUCUUUAAAUACAGUGUUCUUAUCUUAAA